AUGGGGAUUCGCAUCACCACGUGGAAUGUCAAUGGCAUACGAAAUCCGUUCGGAUACCAGCCAUGGAGAGACAAGAGGACGUUUGAGGGCAUGUUUGAUAUUCUCGAGGCCGACAUGGUCAUCUUCCAGGAAACAAAAAUCCAAAGGAAAGAUCUCCGCGACGACAUGGUGUUGGUGCCCGGCUGGGACAACUACUGGAGUCUGCCCAAGCACAAGAAAGGAUACUCUGGCGUGGUCAUUUACACGCGCAACGCGACCUGCGCCCCCAUAAAAGCCGAAGAAGGCAUCACCGGCAUCCUGACCCCUCCGAACAGCUCUACCAGUUUUCGAGACCUGCCCGACGAGGAUCAGAUCGGCGGAUAUCCCAAUGCUGAACAAUUGUCCGAAGCAGACUACGACCCCGCCACUCUCGAUUCCGAGGGACGAUGUGUCAUCCUCGAAUUUCCUGCCUUUGUCCUCAUCGGCACAUACUGUCCGGCCGAGCGAGAUGAGACACGAACACACUAUCGCACGAGCUACCUUCGCGUGCUCGACGCUAGAAUACGGAACCUGGUGAAAAUGGGCAAGAGAGUGGUCUGGGCAGGGGAUUUCAACAUAUCCAGGGAAGAGAUUGACACUGCAGCAGCACAGGAGAACAUGCGCAAGAAUGGGGUUGAUCCAGUCCAGUGGAUUUCCACGCCAGCACGGAGGAUGUUCAACCAGCUGCUCGUGGGUGGCAAAGUCCAUGGGGACAGGGACGAGGGUAGAGAAAGACCCAUCAUGUGGGAUCUCUGCCGGGCGUUUCAUGAAGGUCGCAAAGGCAUGUACACCUGUUGGGAGACCAAAGUCAAUGCGCGACCGGGAAACUAUGGAUCAAGAAUCGACUACGUGGUGUGCAGCUAUGACAUGAAAGACUGGUUCAGCGACGCAAACAUCCAGGAAGGGCUCAUGGGAUCGGAUCACUGUCCAGUCUAUGCCGUAUUGAAGGAUACUGUGUUUGUCGAUGGUGUCGGGCGACAUAUACUAGACUUGGUUAACCCACCGGGCAUGUUCGUGGACGGCGUCCGCAAACAGGAAUGGACCACCAAAUGCUUACUGCCCACGUCGGGCAAGCUGAUACAAGAAUUCGACAAGCGGCAAAGCAUCCGGGAUAUGUUCACCAGGAAACCAUCAGUCCUCAAGUCGAAGAGCAGCAUUGACGAGACAGACACAAACGGUGUAGUUUUGGAUGCUCCUCUGACGACAGCGAUCGUCGGUGCCGACAACCUGACGCGUUCGGAAGCAGACGACACCGGCGCUCUUUCUAAAACAGUGUCGAAUGUUUCUAGCAAUAGCAAAGGAAUCAGCGCCAAGAGACCAGCAAGGGCCCCAGAAGCACCGACAGUGGCGAAACGCAGCAAGACGGCCCCUCAGACAACCCCCAACGGCGUCGGCAAGGGUCAGCAGAGUCUCAGAGGUUUCUUUUCCACCAGACCAGCGACUGCUCAGACCCCCGAGGUUGACGAGCCUGUGACUGAGGCAAAAAGGGAAGAAGCGUCUGAAGAACCGUUGAUGCCUCAGGCCCCCCCAUCGCUCGAGGAAGAAGCUGCCAGUUUCUCGGCCAGGCAAACAUGGGGUAAAUUGUUCUCUAAGCCCGUGGCACCGAAAUGCGAGCACGGCGAACCCUGCAAAACCAUGCUGACCAAGAAACCGGGGGCUAAUUGCGGAAGAUCUUUCUGGAUGUGCGCCCGACCACUGGGUCCCAGCGGAAAACAGGAGAAAGGGACACAGUGGAGGUGUAAUACCUUUAUCUGGGCUAGCGAUUGGGACGCACAUGGUACAGAGCCGUCCUGA